AUGUCGCAACGAUUUAGGGCGACGGCACGGUCUUCACUGCGCGACCGCACAGCGUUACUUCCCGAGUACUAUACCCCGCCGUCCUCGGGGAGGUCGUCUCCCCUCAAUGGUCUGCAGCCCGGCGGUCAACGAUUUGCAGAUGAUCUUGAAGGCCAGAACGAUGAGCAGGUUAACAGCCUGACAGCGAAAGUGAAGAUGUUGAAGGAAAUCACUGUCGGGAUUGGAAACGAGGUGCGAGACUCUACAGUGCAGCUCAGUCAGAUGAACGAUGCCUUCUCGGAGACGUCUGGUAUACUGGCAGGGACGUUCAGAAGGAUGAACAACAUGGCGGAACGGCAAGGCUGCCGGUGGCUGUGGUAUAUUGUUUUCCUCAUCAUCGUCUUCUGGUUCUUCAUGAUUGUUUGGUGGUUUCGUCGGUAA